AGUCUCCAUGCUGGCUUACUAUAAAAGGAACCCUUCUGGUAGUUUUGAACCAAAAACUCAUCCUCUCUUUCUGCAAAACAGCUUUUCUGUUAUCUUCUAUCAUCUUUAACAAUAAUACACAGUUAUAUACCAAAAACAAAAACAAAAAUAGCCAUGGAAUUCCUUUCUAUGUUGUCAAGGAGUUCUGUUUUCAUCGUACUUGCACUUUUGACACCUUUAAUGUACUCUUUCCUUAUGAAAUCAAGAAAGGCACGUGGUAAGAAGAAUGGACUACCACUGCCACCAGAACCUAGCGGUAAAUUACCAUUUAUUGGCCACCUCCACCUGCUAGGUGGGUCACAACCGCCACACAUAACUCUGGGAAAAAUAGCCGAAAAGCUCGGACCAAUAUACAGAAUCAAAGUAGGUGUGCAUCCAACCUUGAUCAUAACUAGUUCGGAACUGGCCAAAGAAUGCUUUACCAUAAACGACAAAGCAUUUGCUUAUCGUCCUAAAGCUCUUUUCUUAGAUGUUAUGACUUACAAUUAUGCCAUGUUUGGUGCAAGUCCUUAUGGUGACUACUGGCGCGAAAUUCGCAAAAUAGCCAGUCUUGAGCUUCUUUCUGCUCGUCGGCUUGAGUUGCUGAAACAUGUGAGAGAAAAUGAAAUAAAGGAAGCCAUCCAAGGGCUAUAUCAUGGAUGGUUAAAGAAUAAAAACAGCAGUAAGACCAAACAACUUGAGGUGGAAAUGAAACAAUGGUUUUGGGACGUAACUUUGAAUGGGGUAUUAAAGCUGGUCGUAGGGAAGCGUUACGUUGAGUAUAUAAAGAACGAUGAUGAUUCUAAUGAGAGUGGCGAUGGCGACUGGCGAUUUGCUUUGAGGGAUUUUUUCCAAUUAUCUGGCAAAUUUCCCGUGUCAGAUGCACUUCCAUAUCUAAGGUGGCUCGAUAUAGGUGGAGUUGAGAAGGAGAUGCAGAAUGUCGCAAAAGUCUUAGACAAAGUAGUGUCAGGAUGGUUAGAAGAACACAAGAAGAAAAGAGCUUCCGGCGCUAAGACAGAGGAAGACUUCAUGGAUGUAAUGUUGUCUCUACUUGAUGACUCUAAAGAGAUUUACAAUCGAGAUGCUGCUACUGUCAACAAAGCUACUUGCAUGGCUAUUAUUUUAGCAGCUUCAGAUACUACUAAAACUUCUUUGACAUGGACUUUGUCUUUAUUACUAAAUCAUUCGGAUGUCCUAAAGAAAGUGAAAGAUGAAUUAGACGUGAAAAUUGGUAAAGAAAGGCAAGUUCAGAAUUCGGACAUAAACAAUUUAACUUAUUUUAAUGCAGUGGUUAAGGAAGCAUUCAGGUUAUAUCCUGCAGCGGCAUUAUCAGUGCCACGUGAAAGUAACGAAGAUUGUGUUGUUGGAGGCUAUCAUAUUCCGGCAGGCACUCGCCUUUUCGUUCAUAUUUCGAAAAUUCAGAGAGAUCCACGCGUCUGGGAAAAUCCUUUAGAGUUUCAACCAGAAAGGUUCCUUACUACCCAUAAGGAUGUUGAUGUUAAGGGUCAACAUUUUGAGCUUAUACCAUUCGGUGCUGGAAGAAGAAUUUGUCCUGGAACCACUUUAGCUCUUCAAACUUUGAACCUAACGCUUGCUUCUCUUCUGCAUGCCUUUGAAAUUGAAACUCCAUUAGGGCAACCAGUUGAUAUGACUGAAAGCUCUGGUAUAACUAACCUCAAAGCCACUCCUCUCGAUGUUCUUCUUACUCCUCUUCUUCCUGCCCACCUUUACUAGAAAAUCAUGAUAUAAUAAAAUAAGAGAAACUAAAUAGUAGAGGUAUUUUUCCAUUUUUUGUGUGUUAUAAAGAGAGCUGUUUAGAAAUCUCUAUCUGUAAAUUAAUU